GUCGAACGCUCCCGCCAGCUCCUACCUAGGUACUCGUCCUCGAAUCACGGCUCUUCCUCUGUCAUAUUUGCCCACAAAAGGAGCUUUCUGCCCUGGGGGUUUCCCCACAAUCGUGGGUGCCGGUCAUCCCUAUAUCCGAUCUGUAACAGUUUACCACACUUGCCAGUGACAGGACAAAGGCCAGCUUGAGGGCUGGUGUGACCCCAAUGAAGGGAGCCAUUGCCGAACAUUGCGACAGUCAUCAUCAAAGGCCGUCGAAUUACCGACAGAGCUGGGUCAUAAUUCCCAAUGCUAUUCGCUGGCCUCGCCUGUCAUGAUCUAUGGGAUCGUACAAGCCUGCCUUCUUGACCCUUGCCCAAAGGUGAACUGCCGAGAGCAAACCUACUGAGCCACUCGACGCGAUACAAGCCGGCACAUCUACUGAGAGCGCACCAGAUCUCAGUCCCCAUCCCGCACGGGACUCGUAUAUCGGAAAUGCCGUCUUCGACAUUUGCGCCAUCUGAAACUGAAUGUGCUCCAUAAGAGCCAACACCCAUCUCUACUGUGGUGGAAAGGUGAGCAUACUGGUAAAACGAUCCUUCUCGGUGCUUGAAUCUUUUGUGAAUACCCCUUCUCCCAAUCCGCCACGAUGCUCGAAUCCAUAGUGCCCGUCAUUGUCAAUAACUGGCCUGUGGCCGUAGCCGUCCUUGUCGUGAGCUAUUUCGUGCGCAACUACUUCUACCAUGGUCUCAACAAAUAUCCAGGACCAGUGCUGGCAGGAUUUACGGAUUGGUGGAGGUUUUUCGACGUGUUGGGACGUCGACCAGAUAUCACUCACCUGAAGCUACAUCGGCAAUAUGGGGAUAUUGUCCGACUGGGGCCAAACACGUUAUCAUUUGCGAAUCCGAAAGCAUUGAAGACCAUUUAUGGAUUGAAUAAAGGUUUUACCAAGUCGGGAUUCUACCCUGUGCAACAGAGUGUCAGCAAAGGAAAACGGUUACCGUCGCUGUUUUCGACCACCGACGAGUCUUACCAUGCCAACCUUCGUCGUUCUGUCAACAACGCAUUCUCAAUGAGUCAGUUGGUUCAAUAUGAGCCUGCUGUUACCGAAACCGUCGAGGUUUUCCUGAACCAGACAGACAAGCUCUAUGCGAAGCCUGGCCAGGUCUGUGAUUUUGCGCAGUGGCUCCAAUACUUUGCAUUUGAUGUCAUCGGGCAAAUCACCUACAGCAAGCGGCAUGGCUUCGUGGAGAAAAACGAAGACAUCGACGGUAUGGUCGGAUAUCUCGGAAGGUUAUUUUCUUACGUUGCACCGGUUGGGCAAAUGCCUUGGCUUGACCUGUUAUUCUUGAAAAAUCCACUGGUUCUCCUGCUCGACAGACUCGGCGUGAAACUGUUCGCUUUUCCCGUUACUACCUUUGCAGUGCAACGCAUGUCUGAACGUCUUUCCGAGAUGCAAUCACAAGGCCGCGAAAAGGGCACCGAGAAGCCAGACUUGCUGUCCAUGUUCUUGAAAGCACAGACCGACCGGCCUGAAUUCAUGACCGACCAACGAGUCCUGACCAUGGCAGUUUCCAUGGCUUUUGCCGGUUCCGAAACCACGGCCAUCAGCUUGGCUGCCGUGUUUUAUUAUCUCCUUCGCAAUCCGCGCUGCUACCAGAGACUAAUGCAAGAGCUUGACGACGCCGUGAGAGAAGGUCGAAUUCAAAACCGACCAACAGGCGCAGUGACCUGGGCGGAAUCUCAGCAGCUACCGUACCUUGAUGCUUGUAUUAAAGAAGCCUUCCGUAUGCAUCCUGCCGCUGGUCUGCCCCUGGAACGGGUCACUCCACCUCAAGGGAUCGAGAUUGACGGCCACUUCAUACCAGGGGGCACGAUUGUCGGCUGCAAUGCUUGGGUGAUCCACAAACGAGAAGAGGUCUUUGGGUCGAAUGUGGACAGCUAUAUCCCUGAACGAUGGCUUGAUGUGAGCAAAGAGCAGCUGAAGGAAAUGAACGGCACUUUGUUUCAGUUCGGUGCCGGAGCCCGGACGUGCAUUGGCAAAAACAUCAGUCUGUUGGAGAUGUAUAAGCUGAUUCCUGCCUUUUUGAGGCGCUUUGAGGUACAAUUCGACGACCCCAGCAGAGACUGGAAGUUGCAUAAUGCCUGGUUUGUUAAGGAACAUGACUUUUACUGUCGGUUCAAGGCACGGGAUCUGCAAGCUGCUGCCAGCUGAUUCGAGUUUAACGUCAUGAACGGGCAUGUGUGACACCGGAGUUGGGAAAGCAUUGCGUACGAAGCUCCUCCACAGCGGUCAAAGCCCGCACUUGCGACAAUAUCUAUCUACGAUUGUCGUUGCAUUUCUCGAGCAAGUGUUGGUGGCAGGCGAGGGAGCUUGUCGACUAGGGAGUCAGUCUGCUGGCGACUUCAGCUUCACUUGUCAUUAAUCCUGAACAAAAAACUGUUGUUUUUUCUCAUUUUAGAGUCAAAUCACCUGCUUAUUCCUGCCG